AUGGAAGUUUAUAUCGACGACAUGCUCGUCAAAUCCCUCCGAGCCGACGACCACCUAGCACACUUGAAGGAAUGCUUCGCCAUCCUAAACAAGUACGGGAUGAAGUUGAAUCCCGCAAAGUGCACGUUUGGCGUCUCCUCGGGCGAAUUCCUUGGUUACAUCGUCACGCAACGAGGAAUAGAGGCUAACCCGAAACAGAUCUCAGCAGUCCUGAACCUCCCCAGUCCGAGAAACUGCCGCGGAAGGAACAAGAAGUUCAUCUGGGAUGAUAAAUGCGAGGACGCGUUCGUUCAACUCAAGCAAUACCUGACAACUCCUCCCGUCUUGGCCAAGCCGGACGUAGGAGACGUUUUGUCUCUCUAUAUCGCCGUCUCCUCGGCAGCCGUCAGCAGUGUUUUGAUCAAGGAGGAUCGCGGCGAGCAGCGUCCGAUUUUUUACACGAGCAGACGCAUGACCGGCCCGGAGACCAGAGCCGGCCGGCUGACCAAGUGGGCAAUCGAACUGAGCGAGCUUGACAUUACGUACAAAUGUCGAACAGCCGCCAAAUCUCAAGUCCUCGCCGACUUCCUUGUCGAGCUCACGCCAGAUCUUGCACAAGAUCUCGACGUCCCGAGCCCCAAUUGGAUUCUUCAUGUCGACGGAUCAUCGACGAGUAAAGGAUCCGGUGCUGGGGUCCAGCUUCAGUCGCCAACAGGAGAACUCAUCCGCCAGUCUUUCAGUUUCGGCUUCCCGGCUUCUAACAACGAAGCAGAGUAUGAAUCGUUGAUCGCCGGGCUUCGUCUCGCCCGAGCCGUCAAAGCCAAACGCUUGAGUGCUUAUUGCGACUCGCAGCUCGUCGCCAGCCAGUUUAGCGGCGACUACGAUGCUCGCAAUGAUAGAAUGGAUGCGUAUCUUCGAGUGGUUCAAGAGCUCGCUAGGGAAUUCGAUUUCUUCGAACUCACCAAGGUUCCUCGCGGAGAGAACGUUUGCGCCGAUGCCCUAGCCGCACUCGGGAGCAAACUCCACGAUCAGGUCAAAAGGACGAUACCCAUACAUCGGAUUGACCGACCAAGCAUUGAUCCCUCCUCCGACGAAAGCUCUCCCAUCGCUCCAAUCUUUGCAACAACUCGACGAUCCACCACCGAUCAAACCGAAACUGAGACACCGGAUCAAGCCGACACUGAGAUGCUCGAUCGUGACGACACCCCAGUCGAUUGGCGAGUCGAGUUCCUGGAUUAUCUCCUACGAGAAGAACUGCCAAAAGAUAAGUGGGCAGCGAGACGCCUGAAGAGACGCAGCGCCCACUAUGUCAUCAUGAACGACGAACUUCACCGAGUAACCGCGAACAAGGUUCUCUUAAAGUGCAUCCAGGGCGAUGAAGUACGCCGAGUAAUGGCUGAAACUCACGACGGAGCAGGAGGAAACCACUCGGGAGGCCGAGCACUCGCCCUUAAGGUUCGAAGCUUGGGAUUCUUUUGGCCGUCUAUGAACACUGACUGCGAGGCAUACGCUCGUCGGUGGGGGAUGGACAUCAUCGGGCCAAUGCCGACCUCGCGCCAACGUCGUUUCAUCCUGGUCCUCACUGAUUACUUCACCAAAUGGAUUGAAGCCGAAGCGUUCUCUCAGGUGACGGACAAGGAAGUCCGCACCUUCGUCUGGAAGAACAUCAUUUGCCGUCACGGAAACGGACAGGCGGAAUCUUCCAACAAGAUUAUCAUCGAUGGUAUCAAGAAGCGACUCGACCUAAAGAAAGGCCAUUGGGCCGACGAGCUGGACGGCGUCCUCUGGUCACACCGAACGACUCCCCGCGGUGCGACCAAAUCCACCCCUUUCUCUCUUGCCUAUGGGAUGGAAGCAAUGGCCCCCGCCGAAGUUAACGUGACAAGUCUUCGGCGCGCCAAGAUGCCGCAGUUCGUCGAGCUUAAUCAAGAUAUGCUCCUCGAUGCCCUCGAUGAACUCGAGGAAAAACGAGAUCAAGCGCUUCUUCGGAUCCAAAAUUACCAGAACCAGAUCGAGAGCUACUAUAAUAAGAAGGUAAAAGCGCGCCCUCUCGAGCUCGGCGAUCUCGUCCUCCGAAAAGUCUUCGACAACACAAAGGAGCUCAACGCUGCCCCUUCGUCAAGCGGAGCACGAGCACUCGCCCAGCAAAAUCGGCUGAGCCUUGAUCAGGUAUCAGCCGAAGGGAAUAACAGCCUUGCGUCACCUGUGCGUCGUGCACUGACCGGCUAUCCAAUGGAAAUUUCAGACCAAGUCUGA